CUAAAAUUCUCUGGAUGCUGUGGAUAGUGAUGCAAGUGGGCUGACAGUAGAGUAGUUGAGGAUGAAGAUAUGGCUGAAAAUGAGGAUUAAGAAACUCUAUGGCAUCGAACAUGACUGGAUCCAGUCGUUUUCCUCUUCAGGAGCAGUAUCAACAAACCACCCACCUCCCUUUGGAUGGUUUUCUGAACGAGAACUCUUCCGCUUACCAGGCCAAACCUACAAAACCCCGUCGCCACAUUCCUCAGACAUCUGAGAGGACUUUAGAUGCCCCAGAUAUUUUGGAUGAUUACUACUUGAAUCUACUAGAUUGGGGAAGCAUCAAUGUUNUGUGGGAUGCUUCUGAGGGCAGCACUUCUGAAUUGGUCACAGUUGAUGAUGAAUUUGGUCCGGUUACGAGUGUUAAAUGGGCUCCCGACGGAAGGCAUGUUUCCAUUGGCUUGAAUAAUUCUGAUGUCCAGCUUUGGGAUUCCACGGCUAACAGAUUGUUACGAACUUUGAGAGGUGGCCACCAAUCACGAGUAGGAGCCCUCGAUUGGAACAAUCAUAUAUGACAACAGGUGGGAUGGAUCGUAUGAUUUUCAACAAUGACGUCCGGGUGAGAUCACAUAUUGUGGAAACCUACAGAGGACAUAGUCAAGAAGUGUGCAGCCUAAAAUGGUCUGCCUCGGGCCAGCAGUUGGCAAGCGGAGGAAACGAUAACCUUCUCUAUAUAUGGGACAGAUCAUCGACUGCUGUUUCUUCUUCCAACUCCACCUCCUCAACCACACAAUGGCUUCACAGGUUCGAGGAACACACAGCUGUCAGCUGCAGUUAAGGCCCUUGCCUGGUGUCCAUUUCAGGGGAACCUUUUGGCCUCAGGCGGAGGUGGCGGAGACUGAUGCAUUAAGUUCUGGAAUACUCAUACCCGUUCAUGUGUGAACUCAGUUGAUACAGGGUCUCAGGUGUGCGCAUUGCUGUGGAACAAGAGUGAGCGCGAGGUGCUUAGCUCUAAUGGGUUUACUAAGAAUCAGCUCACGCUCUGGAAAUACCCAUCAAUGGUUAAAAUGGCAGAGCUUACGGGACAUACCUCUCGAGUUCUUUUUAUGGAUCAGAGCCCAGAUGGUUGCACUGUUGCAUCUGCUGCAGGUGAUGAAACUCUAAGAUUCUGGAAUGUUUUUGGAACCCCUGAAGUCAAAAAACAGGUUCCCAAGUCUAACCCGGAGCCGUUCGCUCAUGUUAACCGAAUCCGUUGAUGCCUGAUUUACUAUAUGCUUGAUGUAAUCUUGGGUAUAGAUUCCUCCAUUACUUUUUCAAGAUCUUACUUUUUCACAAUGCUACAGAUAGCAGCAUAUCACGAACGGAGUGUUAUUCCAUCCAAACCUAUUAAACGUCCACCGUUGAAAUUUCAAAGGCAGAAACUUCUCUCUUUUCUUCAAGAAAACUAUGAGCCGGUUAAUGCGAAGUGGACAACAGAAAGAUGUGCAGUAUGUCGAUGGGUUGAAGAUUGGGACUAUAACAAAAUCAUCCUUUGCAAUAGGUGUCAAAUAGCUGUGCAUCAAGAAUGCUAUGGAGCACAAAAUCUCCGUGAUUUCACAUCAUGGGCCUGCUACUUCUUAUGUUGUGAGGAGUCGACUCAAGAGUCUGAUGCAAGUGUGCAAUCCCCUUGGGCACAAAUGAGUUUACACUACGUCUACUAGCAUUGCCCCCUGAAUGUUCGAGGCAAGGCGUUCCUCGCGAAUCUGAUCUAGUUGCCACACAAGAAAUUUGAUAUUAUCCUUGGUAUGGAGUUGCUUCCGGUGCAUCAAGCCGAAGUCGUCUACAAUGCGAGGACUGUUCAGUUGAGAGCCGCAGAUGACAACGCGUCCGUGGUAUAUGGAGAGCUGUUUUCGAAGGCACCAACAUUCAUAUCCUUUAUGCAAGCCUUGCGUAUGAUUCGUAAGUGUGAGCAUUCCUCUGUAACAUUCAAUACGUCAGGAAGGAGCCUUCUAAUUAUAAGGGCAUACCCUCUGUGUGUGGAUUUCCAGGCAUGUCCCCCGA